AUGUCCGCAACGAAAACAGAACCGGGCGCAAACAAAGUCGACACGGGCUUGACAGAUUCUACGCACGGCUCGGCGAGUAGUAGUGCGAGCGCAGAAAGAUACAGGCUCGAUGAGUUUGAUGAGACUCCCAUCCUACUCUACAAGUAUAGAGGAGGCCUGCAGACGUCGUCGCAGAAGGACUUGUGUUCUUGGCUUGACAAAGAUGAGAAGCUUCGCGUGACAAAGAAGCAAAUACCACGGAUGUCUUCAUACGUUGAGAUCAAGCGCCACGAUCUAUACCUACCAGACGAGCAAGAGAUGUAUAAGACCCUACCGAACUACGACUCCUCCCUCGCUUCGAUCAAGCUACCUUCUACGGCAUACUGGAGUAGACUCUUUCUGGGCAACUAUGACAAUCUCUACAUCGUUUCACCAGAAACGACUCCCACUUCGAGUGUGGCCGAUGAGGAUAGCCAGCGUACAAGUCCUACGAGUACCUGGGGUCAAGGAAGCGAGGAGCUUGCAAGGAUGGGAGCGACGGAAGAACAUCGCAAUAUCUAG